AUGCAUUCGCAACCUCAAGAAUCAAGUGGCGGAGCCGCUGCUCCCCAAAAGACCAACUCUUCUGACUUCGAGAUGCUCUCAUCGACAUUGCCGUUUGGCCAGUCUGUUCCUUUGGACACCAUCUCUGGCACUACCUACGUGACUGCCCAGCUCCUCGUCCAGCAAAUCGCGUACAAGUUGUCCGACAAGAUCUUCUCUUACUCCCCCGAGACUUUCGACCUCGACAUUGCAGCCAAGAACUGGGCUGCUAAGCAGAACACCAACAUCCAUGGAUAUACUCCUCAGGUUCUUCCUCUCCAGACCAGAACCGGUGCUGGCUCCUUGGCGUUGGGAUACAUCUUUUCUCCCGACUUUGACGUUUCUAAGAGACAUAUUCCUCAGACUCUGCUGGCUCCCUCUGGCAGUCUUCAGCAACUAAGAGGCACUCUGGACCAGUUGUCUCUUUUGUACAGCGUUUCCAGCCCGUUUGUCGCCCACAUCGCCGCGGCUGAUUACACAGACUUGGAUGGCCUCGUCCCCAACUACGAUACGGUUUUGAGAUUGGUGGAGGAUCUUGGGCUGGGUCUCGUCGGCAGCUCUUCUACAUACGAGGCUCAACAUAUGUCGUUGUUCUCGACUCUCCUCGCCACUGUUCUUCCCACUCUGCACGUAUACGAUGGUAUCCGUGUCGCAAGAGAGACUCUCCGGGUCGCUGAUGCCUUGAGCGAGUCUGGUGUCGCCGACCUGUACAACAAGCUUGUUGCUGAAGCCAGCAAGCUCAACACACACCUUGACAACGCCGGCAAGGUUGUCGACCUCUUGAAGCUUUUCAAUGAUGAGCUGGGAACAGUCUACCAGCCGUUCGAAUACCACGGGCACGAGACCCCUGAUGUCGUUCUCGUCGCUUUCGGCAGCGUUGAGACCCAAGUUGCCAAGCAAACCCUGAAUAAAAUUGCUGGUGAAGGCGCCAAGGUCGGUGUCAUCAAUGUCCGCGUCUACCGGCCAUUCAUCGAAGAGGAGUUCCUCAAGGCCAUCCCAGCUUCCACGCGGGCCAUUGCUGUUCUGGGCCAGGUUCGUGACCGUGUUGCCGUUGAAGAUGACGCUACCCAGUCUGCUCUGUACGGAGAUGUUUUGACUGCUAUUACCUUCUCCGGCAAGUUCGACGAAGAACCCAAGGUUCUUGAUAUCAAGUACACUCCUUCUCAGACCCUGACUCCCCAGGGCCUAGCCAACACUCUCCACAAGGUGUUUGGCAACGAGGACGAAGCCAAACCUCUUCCUUCUCUUGUGAAUGCUGAACAGUACACUUUCUGGGACGUCGACAACUCAGCUGCUCUCAACUCUCCUGCCAUUAUUGGGAACAUUCUCUCCAAGCAGUCCACGACCAAUGUCUAUGUUCACGCCACAUAUGAUAAUCUCACCCAGGGCGGUGUUGUUCGCACAGAUGUCCGCGCUUCCAAGAAGGCUCUGGAGGCUCCCUACGAUGUUUACGAGGCUGAUGUUGUGGUUGUUGGCGACGACCGAAUCCUCAAGGAGGUCGAUGUUGUGGAGAGCGUCGCAGAUGGAGGCAAGAUUAUCCUCAAGCUGCCCAACUUCAAGGUUGAAGACGUCGAAAAGCGUCUGUCCGUUGCUUUCCGCAAGGCCGUGCAGGAGAAGGACAUCCAGCUCUUCGCCUUGGACACAUCCUUCUCCCCUGCUUUCGAAAAGGAUGCCCAGUCAAAAUUGCUUCUCGAAUUGGCCUUCCUCAAGAUUGCCCAGCCCGCGCUCUCUCCCGAAACCAUUGGCAAGCUCGUGCUCGUUGAAGGCCACCCUCCUACAUUGGAAGAGUGUGUCGAGGCCGUCAAUCAGUGCCUCAGCAAGAUCGAAGUGCCAGCUACUUGGGCAGAAGUCGAGGCCGACUUCCAGGCGCCCCAGCUUCCCAUCUCCCUGCAGUCCAACAGUUUCGUCUCCUUCCAGAAAGAAGAAGUCGAGGAGGUUCUGGAGCUCGGUGACUGGCAAGCCGCUGCCAAGGGCCUCGUCUUCAAGGAAGCCUACGAGACGCAAACUGCUCUCCGACCCGACUUACCUGUCAAGACAGCUACCAUCAGUGUCAAGGAGAACCGCCGCCUCACGCCUUCUGACUAUGACCGAAACAUCUUCCACAUUGAGUUUGAUCUUGGCGAUUCUGGUCUCACUUACAAGAUUGGUGAAGCUCUUGGUGUUCACGCCGAAAACGAUGAGGAGGAAGUGGCUCGGUUUAUCCAGUCCUAUGGCCUCAACCCAGCUGAGCUGGUCCGCGUGCCUGCUCGUGAGGAUCCGGAAGCUCUCGAGAUCCGCACUGUUCACCAGGCUCUGAUUCAAAAUGUCGACAUUCUUGGCAAGCCCCCGAAGCGUUUCUACGAGGCGCUCGCCGAGUUCGCUACCGACGAGACUGAACAGAAGAAGCUCGAGGCGUUGGGCACCUCUGCCGGCGCCGAGGAGUUCAAGCGCCGCUCCGAAGUCGACAUGCUCACAUAUGUUGAUAUCCUUGACGAAUUCAAGUCAGCCCGCCCUGGCUUCAACGACCUCAUCAAGAUUGUCAGCCCCCUCAAGCGCCGCGAGUACUCCAUUGCCUCUGCACAGGCCGUAACGCCCAACUCGGUGGCCCUCAUGAUCGUCGUCGUCGACUGGGUCGACACCAAGGGUCGCACUCGAUACGGCCAUGCCUCACACUAUCUUAGCCGUCUGCAGCCCGGUGCGAUCGUGACCGCCUCCGUCAAGCCUUCAGUCAUGAAGCUCCCUACCAACGACACGGCGCCGCUCAUCAUGGCUGGUCUCGGUACGGGUCUGGCUCCCUUCCGCGCAUUCGUCCAGUAUCGCGCUAUGCAAAAGGCCCAGGGCAAGGACAUUGGCGCCAUCCUCUUGUAUCUCGGCUCGCGACACCAGCGGGAAGAGUACCUCUACGGCGAGGAGUGGGAGGCGUAUCUCGCGGCUGGUGUGGUCACUCUCGUUGGCGCUGCCUUCUCUCGCGACCAGCCUCAGAAGAUUUACAUCCAGGACAGAAUGCGCCAGACUCUCGGCGAUAUUGCCAAGGCGUACAUCCAGGACCAGGGCAGCUUCUACCUCUGCGGUCCUACCUGGCCUGUUCCCGAUGUGACCAAGGUUCUGGAGGAGGCUAUUGCUGCAGAUGCAAAGGCUAAUGGGAAGAAGAUUGACCCUAAGAAGGAGAUUGAGAAGUUGAAGGAGGAGGGCCGAUAUGUCCUUGAGGUUUACUAA